UGCAGCUGUGACCAUCAUUUGCAGAUACUCUGAGGUGCUGAAUUUUUGAUUCACCAUCUUGACAAGUGAAUAUACUCUAAGGAGUACAAUCUUAUGCUCACUACCUUUACCUGUGAUUACUCUAAAAAAUACCUCAUACUCACCAACUUUACCUGUGUAUACUCUCAGGAGUACAACUUUCAGUUCAUCAUCUUCAUGUGUGUACACCCUUUGGAGUACAAAUUUAUACCCACGACUUUCACCUGUCUAUACUCUCAGGAAUACAGCCUUAUACUCACAACCUGCAGUUGUGAAUACUUUCAGGAGUACAACCUUCAACUCACCAGUGCAAACUCUGAGGUCCCUAAUUUUUUUGCUCACAUUUUUUGACAUCUAAAUACUUUCUCAAGAGUACACUUUUAUACUCAUUACAUUCACCCAUGAAUACUUCAAAGGUUCCUGACACUAACUCAUGACCUCUGCUUAUGAGUACUCUUUGUAGGAAAGCCCAAACGUUCAACUCAUCCCCUUCAUUUGUGAAUACUCUGAUGUGCCCUAUUGCUCACGUACUUUCUCGAUGUGCGAAUACUGUCUAAAGAGAACACACAUAUACUUGCCACCUUCAUCUGUGAAUAUUGAGUACUCUGAGUAGCAUAAAUUUAUAUCCACUACUUUCAUUUCUUAACACUUGGUACUCUUUGAGAAGUACAAUAUUAUUAUCACUACCUUCUCCUGUGAAUAUUCUCUGAGGAGUACAAAUUUAUAUUCACCACCUUUAUCUGUUAACGCUGGAUACUCUGAGGAGCAUAGAUUUAUACUCACUACUUUCAUCUGUGAAUAUUGGACUCUCGGAAUAGGACGAUAAAAUAUACCCACCACUUUCAUUUGUGAAUACUGGAUACUCCAAGGGGCACAAAUUUAUACUUGCUACUGUCAUCCAUCAACGCUGGAUACUCUCUGAGGAGUACUUAUUUAUACUCACCCCUGUCAUGUUUGAAAACUGAUUACUCUGGGGAGCACAAUUUUAUACAUACCACCUUCGCCUGUUAAUACCUGAUACUCCAAAGCGGAGUACAAAAUUUAUACUCACCACUUUUACCUUUAAAACUAGAUAUUCUCUGUGGAGCAAUAUUUUAUACUCACCGCCUUUACCUGUAAAUACUCCAAAGGUUCCAAACAUCAACUGACGACCUCCACCUAUGAAAUACUCUUAGAAGGAAAGCCCAACUGCCUAUUCAGUACUUGCUUCUGUGUAUACUCUUUGACCAGUUCAUUCCAGUCCAUUCCAGUUCAAGCCUGUUCAAUUCAGUUCAAUCCAGUUCAGACCAUUCCAAAUCUCUUGUCCAUAACCACUGACUGAGUAAAAAGAAAAAAGAAAAACCACGGAUUGUCUUUGAGAAUACAGCCAUCACCAGUGACAUCUCAGAAAAACUUAAAAAUAAAAAAAAGGUGGGGGAGACAUUUUACUGAUAUAUCCUGGAAAGUUUACAACUUUGAGGAAUUUCUUCACAAAGAAUAUAUUCACCAAAGUUCAUCCACGCUGGAACUGGAGAUAAAUUUUAGAAACAUCAUAACACCACAUUGAUUGAAAACUUUCAAGUGACAAUCACCUCCUGUGGAAAGGCAGGCUGUCUAAUUUAUCUAAUUUAUUUCUAUCAAUUUGUUCUUGUAAAAGUGACAGCAAUUCAAAUUAAGCUAAGCUAAACCAGAUUACACCAGUUUACAUCAGUUCAAAUCUGUUUAGAUGAACCAUAUACAUACUAGACUAAACCAGUCCACACUAGAUUAAAGCAGACUAUACCAUACCUUACCAUACAAAACCAGAUCAUACCAGACUUAAACCACAUUAUUUUAGACUAAAUUAUGCUAUAUUAGUGCAUGCUAGUUUAAACCAGUCCAUACUAGUUAAAAUAGACCAUACAAAACAAGUCCAAACCGCAUAGGCUAAACCAGAUCAAACCAAAUUAAACCAGAUUCGACUAGGCUAGAGUAAAUAAACAAAUUUAAACUAGCCUAUGCUAAAUUAAUCUAGAUUGAACCAAAAUUAAACCAGAUCAGUUCAGAUUUAACCACAUAAACUAGAUUGAAGUAGACUAUGGUAAACUAGUUAGGUUAAAUUAAAACCAGAUAAAUCCUAAUUAAACAAAACAGGAGUAGACUAAACUUGAUCAGAUCAGAUUAAACCAGUUUAUUCUAGAACAGGUUGGGUUAGAGGGGACUACAUUAAACUACAUGAGACUUGUCCAAACUAAACUAGGUUAGAACAAACUUGUUAAAUCUGGAUUAGCUAAAACCAGAACAAACCAGAUUAAGCUACUCAAAAUGUUGGUGUUGAAUGAAUCAGAUUUUGGAUUAUUGGAUCUGACGGCUUUUAGCGAGAGUACAAUUGUAGCUACAUCACCAAGCAUUCGUUAUAACUUGGAGGAUGUGGUCACAGCGGCCACCACGAGGUCAAGCAGUGCCGGUUCUGCUGUUGGCGCAUCGGUAGCGAUGGGGCUAGGGGCAUUGGGCCUGAGGUUAGGGGGCCAUGGCGGCAGAACUGCUACAACCACUACAAGGUCAACCACUGCAGCAACAACGACUGCCGCAGCGGCGAUGGCGACAAUAGGGGUUAAUCAUGUGACUGAGACGACAACAAAAACGACGACGUUAGCUGCAGCCGUGGCUGCAACGGUUGCUACUACAAGAACAACAGCAACUACUUCGACAACGGUAACCGCAGCCACGACAACAACAACAACAGCGGCUGCAAUAACCACUGCGGAAAUACCGGCCAUCGAUGAUAUUUACAGCGGGCCAAACGAUGAUGUCUCCUUGUCGGACGAGCUGCUUGCUCCUUUCCUCGACCUCACUAACAUCACAUCCGACCUUGGUUACUCGGAGUAUGACGUGCUGAAUGGUCGUGGCUGGAAAGCAGCGAUUGUGAUGAUUUAUGUCCUGGUAAUUGCAGUGGGCCUUGUCGGCAAUCUGCUGACCGUGUACGUGAUCUUGCGGAAUAAGCAUCUCCACGGGGUCACCAAUGUAUUCCUUGUUACCCUGGCUCUCUCUGAUGUCGUACUCUGUGUGUUCAAUCUGCCAUUCCAGCUGCAUUACCAGCUUACCGAGAACUGGUUCUUCGGCAAAUGGCUGUGUCACGUGAUCGUGCCCACAUUCGCAGUUCCGCUCCAUGUGUCUACGGCGUCCAUCCUUGCCAUUUCUGUCAAUCGCUACCUCUUGCUGCUUCUACCACCACCACCACCCACGUCCGCUCUCAGCCCCGGCCCACAGCCCACACUUACAUUUGGACGAUGUAAUUUCAGUGGUCUUAGACGUGGCACUAGCAGGUGUGGUAACAAAAGUGGCGGUAGUGGUGGUGGUGAUGAUGGUGGUGGUGGUGGUGGUGGCGGCGGUGGCAGUGGAGGUUCCUCCUCCACCGCUGUCUCCUCAUCGCUCCUGCAGCCUUCAUCAUCUUCCACGUCCUCGUCGUCGCCGUCAUCAUCAUUGUUUUCACGUCACCGCACCGCCCUUCUCAUCGUCGCGGCCAUAGUAGUAUUUUCAUUCGUGCCUGCCAUUCCACUGAUUGCAUUUGCCAACCUCUAUGCAAUCCCAGACGCUUCAGCAAAUACGCAUUUCGUCUACUGCGGUGAAGCGUGGCCAUCGGUGACGCUAAGACGCGUUUACCGGGCGGGCAUGUUUGUCGUGCAAUUCUGCAUCCCUCUUUUAGCCAGUGCUGCAAUUCAUCUGCGCAUUUACCUCGUGCUGGAGCAGUGCACCUUCAAGAAGCACAGCGUGCGUCGACAGCGCACCGACAGGGCGCUUGCUGCAAUACUUCUUAUAUUCACGGUCUGCUGGUUUCCCUGGAACACAUUUGUGCUCCUCGGUGAAUUUGACUUCGAGGUCGUGCGAGGAAGAUACUUCAAACUCACUGAUCUUUCGCUCAAGAUAUUCGCCAUCAGUUCCGCUUGCGUGAAGCCCGUCCUCUACGCAUGGCUCAACGGGAACUUCCGCAAGGAGCUCAGCUUCCUCUUCAACAGAAGUCCGCUGCUCAGCUGCAGUAGUAUCUGCAAAAGGAGCAGCUAUAAAAAUGAUGAGUGCUUCCCGACCAAAGAGGGCCAUACCCUUUUAGAACCGACCCCUUCUUCGACAACAAGGGCCAGCAUGAUGCUCACUGAAAAUACAACAACAGAUUUCUGCUAACUUAAAAAAGGGUCUUUCAUCAUCAACAUCAUCAUCAUCAUCAUUAUUAUUAGUUUUAUUUUUAUUAUUAUUAUUAUUAUUAUUGUUGUUAUUAUUA